AUACCAAAACAUAACCUCAAAAAUUGUAAACAAACUCAACUGUUGGAAAUUACAUGUAUUUCUUUCUUAAUUUGAGGCUUUAUUCCUGUCCUAAUCGAUUCCCCAUGCCCUAUGCUGUGAAGUUCACUUCUUAUGCUCCCCUACGUCCAACAGAGAUUUAUUAAAACACUCUUUCAUAAGUAAUAACUUAAUAAUUAUGACUUUCCUAUUGUUCAUAGUCUCGACUUUAAUAAGUUUCUUAGUGGCAAAAUCGACGUUUAUCAGCAAUUGGCUGACUAAAUGGAAUUCGAAAUUUUCCGCUGCAGAAAAAGAACUCCACAAGCAAAAACGAGCCCUUAAGCAGGAACAGCAGCAGUACAGCAUGAUAGACGACUUCGCAAAAUACUCAAAACUUCAAAGGAAAAUAAACGCGAUAGAUGAGCAGCUUGAAAAGUGCGUGAACACCAAAAACCCCUUUUGGACGGUGGUGCUUUUCAAUUAUGGUCCCAAGGUGGUGUUGUCGAUGGUGCUGCUCAUAUUAACAGUGUACUACCGUAGGACUCCUUUAUUUAAGUUGCCAGAUUUUGUUGAUUUAAGCCCAUUUAAUAAUGUGAUUUCUUAUCCAAACGAGAGAAAUUUUGUAUCCUUUCAUUUUUGGGUUAUGAGUUGUAAUGUUGCUGCUCGAACUAUUAAAAUUUGGUAAAUGAA